AUGGCCGACGUGUGUCAAACGACUUUUAAACUCAACAAUGGAGCCAGUAUUCCUGCUGUUGGGCUCGGUACAUGGCAAGGUCAACCCGGCAGCGAGGAUGCCCUCCAAAUGCGCAACACCAUCAUCCACGCCCUCAAAUCGGGCUAUCGUCUCAUCGACACUGCCCAAGUUUACGGCGUCGAGGACAUUGUCGGCGAAGCCAUCCGGGCCAGCGGUGUCCCACGCGAGGAAAUAACCGUCGUGACAAAGCUCUUUGGAGCCUCGUUGCACGAUCCCGCAGCUGCACUCGCGCGUUCCAUUGCGGCUCUAAAACUGGAUUAUAUUGAUCUUUUUCUGAUGCACUGGCCACAAGCGUUUACAGAAGAUGGCUCACGACCUUUGCGGCCGGAGGAGUCGCCGACGUUUGUAGAGGUGUGGCAAGACAUGGAGAAGCUGGUUGGACCCCAGUGCCGUGCCAUCGGUGUAAGCAAUUUCACUCAACGCACACUCGAAAUUCUGUUGCGUGAAGCUACUAUAUCACCGGCCGUUAACCAAGUCGAAUUACACGCUUUCAACCCGGCUCUCAAGUUGGUGCCCUGGUGCCAUGAGCGCGGCGUGCGCGUGAUGAGCUGGAGUACACUGGGCAGUCGUAAAGCGCCAGAGAUCCUAGCACACUCUUUAUUCACUGAUCUGGCCCAAAAACACGGUGUUUCGCCUGCGGUCAUCUCGCUUUCGUGGGUUGUUCAGCGCGGCGUGGUUGUUAUCCCCAUGAGUUCUAACCAGGCUCGUAUUGAGGAAAAUAUCAAGCUUAUCACGCUGCCUGCGGAAGACAUGGAGAUUAUGGAUAAUGCGCACAAGACGAUUCGGAAAUGUCGUUUUUCGGAUGAAGUUCCUGGUCUGAUGUUUGAUAUCCCAGGAAAGGGCAAGGGUUUGUUGGGAUGGACUAGGGCAGAAUUCGGAUUCGAAGACGAAGAGGGGAAUUGGAUUAAUUGA